AACUUUUCACUAAUAAGACACGAAGCGGCGAAAGUCUUUGCAAGUUAAGUACUUUUUGUCAAAGUUGUAAAAUUGACCCCAAAACUUAUGUUCAUAGCCUAUGGAAGCCCUCCUCCUCCUCUCUUCUUCUUCGCCGGAACCCCAAAAUCCCAUCACCGAUCCGGCGAAUUCGAAAUCAAAUCAUAAAUCGGACGAAGAAGUCAAAGAUGAGACGGUGAUGAUGAAGAAGAAGAAGAAGAAGACGAAGCAAUCGGAUUCGGAAAAGAGAAAGCUUAAGGGAAAGAAGAAAGAGAUGAACAACGACGCAGCUUCUUCUUCCUCUUGUUCUAUAUCUUCUACCUCCAAUUCCAAUUCUACUCGAAGGGUUUCGAGGGUGGCUCAUAGAUUACGAAACCCUACGGUGCGUUUAGGCAUGUCUCGACGAAGCGUUGGUGAACGACAAGCUGAAGCCUUGGCGUUUCCUCUGGGGAUGUCAUUUGCGGCUUUAGCUAAUCUGGUUCUUCAAAGAAAGAAUGCCGCGGGUCAGAAUGUUUUUGUUGAUGAUCUUGCUAUGAUCUCUGCUAGAGCUGCCACAGAAACAGUAGCCAGUGUUUAUGGUUAUAAGCUUGGUUCCUUUGCGACCACCUUUGAGAAAUCAUUCAACCAUACACUAAGGAUUCUUAAAGUGACAAAUGAAUCUGCAAAUCCGCGUCAGUUAAACAAUGAUGAUGUUGGGAGAUGUAAUUUAGACUGUUCUAUUAUAGACGAAUACUCAGACACCGAGCUAUCUGCAAAGGAAACUUCAUCUUCUACGUCUGCCUAUGAAGUGAUACAAGGCAGUGCAAUAGCAACCACUUCGAUGAAUGAGCUUGUCCUGCACGAAGCGUCUCGACAACUUUCUUGUCUCCCUCCUUCAAGUUCAGAAAUGCCUUAUACUGCAAUGUUAAGGUUUAUAGCGGAGAAACAACAAGAAGCAAACGACCUACAGAGAGAAGCGAUUAGUCUUAAGAUGAUAGGACUAACCUAUAAAGAGGUGGGUCUAGGAUUAAAGCACGAAUCAAACAAUCUGCAGAAAUCGCAGCUAGAGAUGGAUGUUUCGAAAGCUGCAUUCAAGAAAGAGAAAUUCAAAACCGAAUUAGAAGAAACAAGAAAAGCAGAGAUGGUCAGAAGAGUCAUGGAUUGGCUCGGUGUAAGUGUCUUCAGCAUGUCGGUUUCUAUGUUAACUGGGGCUUACAAUUUUUCACUAAAGAGAAUCGAAGACGCUACCGCAGCAUGCGAGCCAUCCGAGGAGACAAGUUCGACGUGGUGGGUUCCUAAACAUGUUUCAACGUUAAACUCAGAGUUCAACACCAUGAUUUGCCGGAUUCGAGUUUGGGUGCAGUUCGUUUUCGGUUUGAUAAUGCUCUUGGUCCUCGCAUACUUCAUAAUGCAGCGGUCAUCAGGUAGGACGCAAGCAAUGCCGAUUUCGUUUAUCGUUAUCGUCCUUGGUAUUUUUUGCGGUCUACCGGUAAAGGUUUGUGUGGACACAUUGGGUGGUGACGGCAAACUCUGGCUAAUGUUUUGGGAAGUGUUUUGCCUCUUCCACUUGUUUGCAAAUGUCUUCACAUUGACUUUGUAUGGUCUAAUGUACGGACCUAUAAUAAACGUGACUCAAGUGACCAAGUCGAGCCGUUUUAAAACACUGUUUCCAUAUGGGGCGAGGCGCAGUGUCUUGUAUGUGGUGUUUAUAUUUGUUCUUCCAGCCAUCACUGGUCUUUUGCCAUUUGCGACCUUUGGUGAAUGGAGAGACCUGGCUAUGGAUAACUUUUUUGGUGGGUCAGCUUCUGAUUCCAAGGUUUGAGACAGAGUCAACAAGUCUCCUUUUGUAUUGUAACUUAUUGUAACCAUUUCGGAUUUUUGGGUUGUUUCAUCUUUUCUUUUUUUUUUGGGGGUUUUAUGUUUGUCUUUUAUUUAUAUGGGGUCCUGUUGAAAACAGUUGUAUGGCUGGGUUUGUUACAAAGUUAUAUAUUUGAGCUAUUAUUUGAAUGUA